AUGGCGCGCGUCACGGACAACGGGGCAGCCUCGGAAGCAUUCGCGGCGACUAAUGAUGUGAAGCGGAACUGCAUACUCGCUCCCACAGUCCUCAGUCUUAUGCUAUUUACCAUGUUUAUGGACUCCUUCCGUGAAGAGUGCUUAAACAUCAUCGUCGUCUACAAGACAGACGGCCUCUUCUUCAACAUCCAACGCAUAGAGGCCCCAACGUGUCACUACAAGACUACUCUACACGACUUGUUCUUCGCAAAUUACUGGGCGUCCAACACAACGACAGAUGCGGAUAUGCAAAAAAGCGUGGAACUCUUCGCUGCCAGCUUCGCACACUUGGAUCUGGCCAUCAACAUGGAUACUCCGAUGGUCAUGCAUCAGCCAAUGUCAGACAACGAACUUCGCAUCUAUUUCAACGGUAUUUAA